AAUACGGGGACCCCUCUAGGACCAUGUACCAAGUCUCUCGACGUGCGCAUGUCAAUCGGCUCUGUCGUUCUCUUUCUGCCGUGGCAUCUGGAGUCAUUGUGAAAGCAAGCUUGAAACCAAUCCAUCAUGGGCAAAGAGAAGAUUCAUAUUAACAUCGUUGUCAUUGGACAUGUAGACUCUGGAAAAUCCACUACCACUGGACACCUUAUUUACAAAUGUGGUGGUAUUGAUAGGAGAACAAUUGAGAAGUUCGAGAAGGAGGCCCAGGAGAUGGGGAAAGGUUCUUUCAAGUAUGCAUGGGUUUUGGAUAAGCUGAAAGCAGAGCGUGAACGUGGUAUUACUAUUGAUAUUGCCCUUUGGAAGUUUGAGACUAGUAAAUACUACGUUACUAUCAUUGAUGCUCCAGGCCACAGAGAUUUUAUUAAGAACAUGAUCACUGGGACGUCUCAGGCUGAUUGUGCUGUGCUUAUUGUUGCUGCUGGUACUGGCGAGUUUGAAGCUGGUAUCUCUAAGAACGGUCAGACACGUGAACAUGCACUGUUGGCUUUUACUUUGGGAGUGAAGCAGCUGAUUGUGGGUGUUAACAAGAUGGACUCUUCAGAGCCACCAUAUAGUGAAACUCGUUUUGAGGAGAUCAAGAAGGAAGUAAGCAAUUACAUCAAGAAGAUUGGGUACAACCCUGCUGCAGUUGCAUUUGUGCCAAUCUCUGGUUGGCAUGGGGAUAAUAUGUUGGAGCACUCUGGCAAGAUGUCAUGGUUCAAGGGAUGGACUAUUGAGCGUAAGGAAGGCAAAGCUGAGGGAAAGUGCCUCAUCGAAGCUUUGGAUGCCAUUCUCCCCCCAAGUCGACCUACUGAGAAACCUCUUCGUCUUCCUCUUCAGGAUGUGUAUAAAAUUGGUGGGAUUGGAACGGUGCCUGUUGGCCGAGUUGAAACUGGUGUGUUGAAACCUGGAAUGGUGGUUACUUUUGCUCCUGCAAAUUUGACGACUGAAGUGAAGUCUGUUGAGAUGCAUCACGAGGCUCUGCAGGAGGCGGUUCCAGGUGACAAUGUCGGCUUCAACGUGAAGAAUGUUUCUAUUAAGGAACUGCGUCGUGGCUAUGUUGCCGGAGAUUCCAAAAAUAAUCCCCCCAAGGGAGCUGCAGAUUUUAUUGCUCAGGUUAUUGUGCUGAACCAUCCUGGCCAGAUUUCCAGUGGAUAUACUCCAGUGUUAGAUUGUCACACUGCUCACAUUGCUUGCAAAUUUGCUGAGAUCAAGGAGAAGUGUGACCGUCGUACUGGUAAAACUACUGAGGAGAACCCAAAGUCUAUCAAGUCUGGUGAUGCUGCAAUUGUUAACCUCGUUCCCAGCAAACCAAUGUGUGUGGAGUCUUUCCAGGAGUUCCCACCACUUGGGCGUUUUGCUGUGCGUGACAUGAGGCAGACCGUUGCAGUCGGUGUUAUUAAGAGUGUCACUACUAAGGAUGUUACUAGUGGUAAGGUAACGAAAGCUGCUGAGAAGGCCCAGAAGAAGAAAUAACUAGGUGUGCUGAUUGGUCCGGCAGUGGCGGUUGUCUCAGCGCAGCUCUCUGCACGGCCAGUAGCUCUCCAUCGCUUUUUCAACAUGAGCUGCAUUCUCUUUCUUUCCAAGUGGCUGCUGAAGCAUUUUUUCCAUCGUAAAGAAUUUCGAAGGAAAGGCCGGCUUUUUUUUUCACACCUCCAGUUUUUACCCCCGGCUGUCUUAAUUUUAUUACAUGUCGAUAUUACGAAUGAAGGAAUAUGACGUAAACGGAAAAUGAGCGACGACCAAGUUCUUUGUUGUGUUGAAAUUUAUGUUAAAGUAAUGGGAGAGAAAGGGACUUUUUUUAUUUCCAUUCCUUUCAUUUUCCGUGUUCCUGAAAUAUAUAUGUUAAUACAGUGUAACAGCUUCUGUACAUAACUUAAAGUGGUAACAUAACAAGGGCCAAUAAAGAAGCUUUGAACCAUG